AUGUAUCGGAGCGUCAACUUUCCAUAUGCGGUUCCUCGUGAACCAGGGUACCGCGAACCCCUGCUCCCCUUUGUCUCGGAAAAGCUUAAAGUUGGAAGUCCGAAUCGUUCCUGGGGCGAUUUCGAACACCCAAAGCUCCGGCAGUGUCCGAUACCUGUUGAUGAUAUCGAACUAGGAGCAGUAACACACCCAGGUUUUGAUGCUGCCACGUUCCCAUUCAACACAGACUGUCUAGAAUCUGACUAUAUUAAAGAAAGUGGGAACCUGGAAAGCAUCUUGGGCUAUAGGAGGAUGAAACAGGAAUUUCUGAACUGCGCCUUAAUGGAUAUGAUCAACGACGCUUUCACGACUGUAGCCUCAAAAAAGGAAGAAAUCGUUCUGAACCCCGACCCAAGUACAGGUAUUGAGGCCCUGGCGAAUUUGCAGGCUCUAUCAACAACUGAACCGGGUGGCACUCCUCCCAGGCCCGAUACUGAAUAUCUCAAGCCUUACACAUUCAAAGAACCAUUCCGCGACUGUAUUGGAUGGAUAAAACUAAAAGGAGAAGCCCUGAAUUGGCUGUAUCAUGAAAAGUGGAUGAAGAACGACGAGUAUGUGGCACAUGACCAGCUCAAGUACGUAUGGGAACCGCUUCCGUUUCUCGACAUUGGAAAAUCGUACUAUGCUAUUGUUUACGAUUACGAUAGCAACAGGCAACGGAUGUUUGAUCGACUGAGACCAGAGGAUAUUUUGGACAGAGUCAGACACUAUCACGCCUUCGGCUUCAUUCUAGAGCACUACGUUCCUACUCACUGGCGCGAACGGCUACUCGAUACCAAGAACAUCGUCCCACCCUUGGGGGUCGAAGAAGAUGGGUGGUGGAAGCUAGAAGUAUUCCCUGAUGAUCUUGAGCAGAACCAGGCUGCUGAAGAUGAAGAAGCAGUAGCUGAAGGCCCUGGCGGAUAUUCCUUGCCAAGGCGAGCGAAGAAAAAGGUCAAUGUGAAAGGAAAGGGGAAAGGAAGCAAGAAGGGAAGAGGGAUAGCCGAAUAG